AUGUUGGCUGAUUCAUUAACAGCCGUCGGUUCUCCCAUCUCCGACGAUGACUUGGUGCUUCAAAUUCUGGCUGGUCUUCCUUCGACCUACCAGUCUGUCUCUAUUACCAUUAGCCAUCGCGUUCCUUUACCCAAAUUUGUUGAAGCUCGAUCAAUGCUCUUCCUGCAUGAAGUACAACUUCAACACAUUGCUCCUUCUUCCCUCUCCACGGCUACCAACGCUCUGGUCGCGGCAUCUUCCACUGACCUUUCCCAGCAGCAGUCCAAUACCCCUUCUCAACAGCAGCAGUCUUCCAAUCGUGGCCGUGGCGGGGUCGCAGUUUUCAGAAUAAUCGGGGACGUGGCCGUCCACAACCAAUUUUUUGGUCAGUAUCCCUCCUCAUUUUCUACACCUUUUAACUCUUAUACAGCUUCUAUGUUUACUCCCAGGCAACGUGCUCCAUCUCUUCUUGGUCCGGCUCCCUCUUUUCAGUCCAAUCCCACUGCUGUUCGUUGCCAAUUGUGCAAUCAAUUCAAUCACUCUGCUCGAGAUUGCUAUCAAUUUCAAUAG